AAGAUGAAUGAAAUCUAUGAUGGCGUUGUAAAAGUUGUUUUUGGGCGGCAAUCAUUUGCAAAAAAGUUGUAAACAAAUCAUAUACAGUUGCUGCAGAUCAGAAUUUUAACCAGAAAAGGACCAAAAUUAUUGUAAGAUGUCGUCAAGGAACAGUUCACAGAUGUCCAGAUCCAGUAUGACUGGUAGUCACGACAGAAAAUUGCGAUACCGGACGAUUUUGGAGAAGUUAUCCACUUUAGAGGAUGAAACCGGUAACAAUGAGGAUCGUAUUGACAAGACAGCCAGGGCCGUGAGCGAGGUGAAAGCAUUGAGAGCUGAGGGAGGCCUUGAAGAGAGUGCUAGACACCCUGGUGAAGGCUACUUAGACUCCCGAGUACUUCACGCGGCCAGCAACCUAGCUAUCAGAUGCUCUGAAGCUGUCAGUGGGAAUGUUAACACUUAUGAUAAGCAUGAAUUGGCACAGCAUAUUCGUCAGAACCCAUCAUUCUGGCAGUUCGCCUUCCCCUCGGAGGCGCCGGCGUUUAGCUUCGUGUUCGGAACGUUCUCCCCCUCGGCGCCGGAGCAGAGGCCUCGCGCGAGGAGACAGGUGCAAAGACAACAGCUUGCCGAGUUGAAGGCCCCGGAGACUGUUGAUAAGCUAGAAAAAACCGAAGAAGGCUCAAAUAUGGUGUCCCGAGUGAACCGGUUCAUCACCAAAUGGUACAAACAGCAUCAGAGAGCGCUCAGCUAUUUCCACUGUGUGCUGGACCCGGACAGUUUCAGUCGCAGCGUUGAGAACAUCUACCAUGUCUCCUUUCUCGUCAAGGAUGGCAUGCUCGCCGUGGAGUUAGACGAGGAGCACGGCUUGCCGUUCAUCACGCCGGUGUCGUCGACGCAGCAGGAGCGCAGAGACAUCAACGACGAGAAGCAGUUCAUCGUCUCCAUCGACAUGCAGCGGUGGCAGGACUUGGUGAAAGCGUUCGACAUCCGCAAGCCAUUGAUGGUGCUGAAGAAAUAACGUAAACUAUUGUAUUUUUGUUGAUCUGUUAAAUAAUUAAUCUCCACUUUUGUGAUUGUUGUGUCAUCAUCUCCCAACUAUGUUGGGGUCGGCUUCCAGUCUAACUGGUUGCAGCUGAGUACCAGUGUUGUACAUGGAGCGACUGCCUAUCUGACCUCCUCAACCCAGUUACCCGGGCACCCGAUACCUUAGACUGGUGUCAGACUAACAUGCUUCUGACUACCUGUAAAGACUGCCAAAGAUGUUCAAAUGACAAAUCUGUUAUAAUAAUUAACCUCCACUUCUGUGAUUGUUCUAUAAGUGACAUAACAAAUAAAUAUAAGAUUUUAUAUUUUUA